GCGGUCGAGCGCACGUCACAUCUGAGACUCAAACUUGCGUUGAUGAGUUUGCAUGAACGCUGUUCUGUCCUUAGCAACAACACACAUUCACAUUUGACUUUAAACUACUGUGUGUAUAGUGGUGAUGCUACUCUGUUGUUUAGUGUUCUCUGUUCAGCAAGCGAGAUCAUGUGUUGAUGAUAUGGAUCAAUAUUCAUUGGUGAAAGUCAUCGGUGAAGGAUCUUUUGGUCGAGCUCUAUUGGUUCGACCUGAAAACGAAGAUGAAACGUUUGUAAUUAAGGAAAUACGAUUGCCAAAGGCUACAUCUGAUAUGAGGAGCAGCAGAAUAGAGGCUGUGCUUCUGUCCAGAAUGAAGCAUCCAAACAUUGUGGCAUUCAGAGAGUCGUUUGAAGCUGAUGGUCAUUUAUAUAUCGUGAUGGAGUUCUGCAGUGGUGGAGAUCUGCUUCAGAGAAUACAACAGCAAAAAAAUGUGCCGUUCUCUGAGGACAUGAUUCUGAAGUGGUUUGUACAGAUGUGUCUAGCUACCAAGUACAUUCAUGACCAGAGAGUCCUGCACAGAGAUUUAAAAUCAAAGAACAUUUUCCUGACAGGUGAUGGACUUGUGAGGGUUGGAGAUUUUGGUUCAGCAUGUACUCUUAACAGUGCAAAAGCAUUUGCGCAGACAUACGUUGGUACCCCAUACUAUGUGUCGCCGGAGAUAUGGGACAGCAAACCUUACAAUAAUAAAAGUGACGUCUGGUCCCUUGGCUGUGUCUUGUAUGAACUGUGCUCUCUCCAGCACCCGUUUCAGGCACGCAGCUGGAAGAGUCUGAUCCUGAAGGUGUGCCGGGGAGCGUAUGCACCUUUACCCAGUCACUUCCCUUAUGAACUACACUACCUCAUCAAACACAUGUUCAAGACAAACCCCAGAGACAGACCGUCUGUACACACCAUCUUAAACUCCCACCGGGUGUCCCGACUGCUGCAUAAACACCUGACACCAGAGAGUAAAGAGCUGGUGAAAAAACAAGAGUGCCGUUGGAGGAAAGAGGAGGGAGAGAAAGUGGCUGUGCUGUUGGGACAGAAGACUUUAAUGACAUCAUCUACCACUGAAGGACAGCCCUUCACAGAGAAUAACAGCAUGGACCCGGCUUCUCGUAAGAAGUGGGCAGUCGGAUCUUGUAACACAGUGCUUGGGGUCCUAGGAAACGCCAACAUCAUUUCCUCUGACAGCAUGACGGAUACAGAAGGGUCGCAUCUUAUCUCAGAGUCAGUGUGUGAGAAUCAGGAGAGAAGAACGAGGAAACAAUGGGAUAAACAUCCACCAGAGAGACUUCUGAGUGUGCUAGAGAAAGCUCAGCUCUGCUCCGCCUUUGAGACCUACACCAUACACAGACACGGUUGUGAAAGCCUGGGAGGUCCUUUAGGCUCAGAGCAGGGAGACAGUGUUGAUGGUCCUGAGGAGAUCAUCACAGACGACAGCAGACUGGAGCCACGCUCGGAUGAUGACGACACGGAUUUUGAAGAAGACUCUCCGUAUGACUGGAUACGUGAACUUGAGAAAAAAGUUGAUUAUGAAACAACAGCUGUAGAAACACAUGGGAAAACACUCACGAGUCACACAUGCUGAGCUUUGCUUUGGACUUGACCUGAACACUGGAGAGACAUCGGGUUUCUGUUUAUAACCACUAGGUGGACUCAAGAAUCUGCAGAUGAAAUGCUUGCAAAGAGAUUGAGGGGCAUGUCAGGAUCUCUAACAGAAAGAUAAAAUGUUGAAGUAAACUUGGUCCCUCUCAAGCCAUUUCUUUCAAAGCACCAUAACAUUUUAUUUACAGUGUCUUUGUUAUACAUUAUACAUCCUUUUACUACAAUAAUGAUAAUAGUACAUUUUCAUUACAAUAAUUAAUUUGGGAGACUCUUUUAUCCAAAGCGACUUACAAGUUUUCACAUACGUUUUUGUUGGAUAAUAGAUGUGACCUACUAUGUUGCGUUAUAACACAGUUUAGACUGUUAUGAGGACAAAGUGUCUGAAUCUAUAUUAUGAUGGUCAAAGAUAUAUUCAGCACAUUUUUCUCACAUUGUAUAUAAGUGAUGUUUGAAUGCUUAUGUUAGGGUGGAGACAUCACACUUCUUACAUUGUUCAGUUGGGUAAACCAACUAAGCAAGCUGAUAUUAGAUGAAAUGCUCAAAUUCCUUCUGCUGAAAUCAAAUACCUGUUUCAACUUGUACAUGAAUCCCAACAAAAAUAUCCAAACUACUGCCUCUUACAAACGGAGUGCUGCUACACUUCUACCAAGAGUGCUUAAAGUCGGUCUGCAGUAUUGCCAGAUCUAUUUCAUUUACGACUGUUGGGGUGCUUGGUCUACAGAUAAAUGCCCCCAGUUAAGUUAUAAAGGAAAUGCUGGGUCAGCAUUAAGGCCUUAUCUGAAAGCCACAUGGAGUGCCUCAGGGUCCCAGUUUAGGCCCUUUAGAACAUUUUAAUAUUUCUCCUUUACCUCAGUUGAGCCUCAAUGACUUAUGAAAGACAAUGAUAAACAAAUGAGGAUGUGCAGAGCAAGAACACUUCACAUGAUAGCAACCCAUUCACUUGCUCUGAAAGACCCCUGUUCCUGUUGAUGACAUUUUGUUGUUUUCUUGACAUUCAAUAAAAAGAGAGAGGAAUUGAAAGUCCCUAAUGCAUGAUCAUACGAUGACCUUGACCAUCUGUGAAAGAAAUAAACUAUAUUUUUAAUUAAAAGUCUGAAUGUAUAUAUAGACUUCAUUUUAAUUAAGAGUCAU